CAUGAUUAUUGAGACAUACUAAGCAAUAUGGAGUAAUAAUUAAUGCUCCCCCACCCCUCCAAUCACAAUAUCCUCGGGUAGUCACAUCCCAUCCCAUCCCAUACUAAUAAUGAUGGAGUAAAUCAGACCACGUACCUACCUACUACCUAUGGAGAAACAAACUUACUACUCACCGCUACACUCAUAUAUUCCGAAGAAAGAAACAGAGAAAUCACUCACUCAUCUAUGCUCUUACUCCGUACUUGACAACCUCUCCAGAACAGUAAUACUCUCAUUGACUCCCAACAAAUACACCAACCUUAGUAAGCACACCGCUACAUCCAUCCAUCCAUCCAGCCCACUCAACCGAACCGUGCCCAUCCAGCCCGUCCGUCUGUCAGGUACAAAAGCAAAAACCAAAGCAAAAAGCAACCUACUUUACGUGACGUGACCCCCUUGUGACCCUCCUAUGAACUAUCGCCAGCUGUGCCUGCAUCCCUCUUAUGUAAUAUCUUAAGCACUGUAAUUGGAUUAGUGCCUUACUGCCAGGUCAGCAGGCAAGGCUAGACCCGAAUCCGGGUUAGUCUUCGGGCCAGCACCCCCCGUAAACUUCGAGACAGAAUAAUAAUAACGACAUGGAAGGAAGCGAAGGAGAGAGAAAAAAGUGAGGCGGGAUUGUGGCUGGCUUGCUUGCUUGCGUGGGUAAUGGAAGGUUCCUGAAUGGAUGGAUGGAUGGAUGGAUGAAUGGGUGGUAAUUAUUUAGUACCUUUGCACAUAUAGUGCAUAGCUACAUCACUG